GACAUGGACAUGACAAUGUACGUGGACUAUAAAGUCAUCACUGAGAAUAACUUCACUGUUCCACUGAAUGACACAGUUGUCUCAGAUUUUCUGCAGGCAGCUUCAGAGAAUCAUCAACAUUACAUGAUCAGCCUCCUCCUCUCCAGCCUCUACACAAUAUUCUUGUUCCCUGUUGGCUUCUUUGGGAAUAUCCUCAUCCUCAUUGUCAACCUGGACCACAGAGGCCAGCUGACAGCCCCGGACCUCUACUUUGUGAACCUGGCUUUGGCCGACCUCGCCCUUGUCGCUGACUCUCUGAUCGAGGUGUUCAACCUGAAGCAGGGCUACUAUGAGAGGGUCAGCCUCUGUACCUUCAUGAACCUUUUCCAGCAGGUCAACAUGUACAGCAGCGUCUUCUUCUUAACCUGGAUGAGCUUUGACCGGUUUGUCGCACUGACCGGCUCCGUAGGUCGCAGCAUGCCGCGCGCACGCCUCAGCUGCUGCCUCAUCUGGGUGUCCUCAUCCUUGCUCACUGUGCUCCCCUUCGCAAUCGCUCAAGCGCAGCACGCUGGAGAGCUCCACUUCUGCUUCGCAAACGUGUCCCAGAUUCAGUGGCUGGAGGUGACGCUGGGGUUCUUGCUGCCUUUCUGCGUCCUGGGUCUGUGCUACUGGAGAAUAGCGCAGGUGCUCCAGCGCAGUCAGAGGGAACAGCAGCAGAGGCCUCGCAGGCAGAAAGCCCUGCGGAUGAUCUCUGCAGCGGUGUGCGUCUUCUUCCUCUGCUGGCUCCCAGAGAACAUAUUUGUGAGUGUUCACCUCCUGAGAGGUGACACGAAAGGCAGCACACUACGGCAGGACUACCCCCUGACAGGUCACGCAGUCAGGCUGGCGGCCUUCUCCAACAGCUGUCUGAACCCGCUCAUCUACAGCUUCCUCGGGGAGACCUUUAAGGAGAAACUGAGGCUUUUUCUCCAGCAGAAGACCAGAUGGGCCAAAAUGAACCAGUCACCCUCAGGAAACUCCACCUAUCAGCCUGCUGCAAGCUCAUGCAGAUGCGCAACACGCGAAGCAGCAAACCAGUUCAAACAUUCAAGCUCUAACAACCUCCCACAAACUGUUAUACUCCCCUCAAAUAAAAACCAACUCCAUACAGUAGGCCACACAGAUAUUAGUUAACAAUAUAUCUGUUCCACAUGUGUAAAGACAAUCAACGGACAAUAUAAAAGCAGCAGCACUCCUACUGUUCAGAAAACUCCUCUGUUAAAUAAUUUACUAGGCUUUAUGCAUAACAUUUAUUGGAAAGUGGGGAUCAGUUACUUUAACCUCAACUGUAAGAAUAUAAUGUGAACUCUCACUUACUGGUCUGAAUGAUGACAUUUUUAAGGCUUCAAGAAUUUAAACUGUGGUUUUCAGUGCCUUUAAACACCUUGUUUUUAAGAAACAAUAGAGAAUGUGAUGUACAAGACUAGGUUAUCACCAAAAAGUUUUCUGUAUGGGGCAACAGAAAUCAGUAGUCUGAGUUCAGCUGGCUGCCCACAGAGACUAGAAACAUAAAAUGCUGGGUACUUUUUUAAAGGAAA